AGAAAAAAAAAAUGUCGGAGUGAAGACACAGUUGUAGCUCUUGCAUAAAAGAAGCUCCAGCUAUCAUGAUUCAGUGCCCCCAACAGGAGGAACUUAAAUGGGUAAUGAAAGAGAUUUCUAGGGGCUGAAGUGCUGUAGGCCUGCCAUCUCAACUCAAGCCACUGCCUGAAGGUAUAAUGAGACCAUCAGAUAAGGAGACUAAUGCUAUUGGAAAGAUAGGUUGUUCAUCAUAGUUCCCUGGAAGGCGGGGAACAUGCCACCCAAUGCAGGGCCACACAAAAGAACCUCAAGCUAUUAAAUAGAAGAAAAUGGAAUUGAAGAUGUCAGCAUGGAACAGUGUAAUGAUUCAUUACAAGUCAGUAACAAUGUUGAAGAUGCAAAAACGGAUGUCCAAGAAUUUGAGCAGCUAGCUUGCAUGGACCCUGGGACACCUUCCUUUGGACACAAUGAUCCUCCUACAGCUUUGCCCAUCACCACUCCUGAGACAGGUGGUUCUGCUGCAGCACAGCCUGUCCCUGGGCCCCUGGCCCAGACACAGGCUCUCUGUGCAGAUGACUUCCAUCUAGUGGACCAAAACGGUCAACCUGUUCAGUACGAACUUCAGUCAUCAGGAGAUUCUAAUGCACAAAUGAUGCUUGUUGCCAGCCCAUCAGAAAAUGGACAGGUGCUUCGUGUGGUUCCAUCUAGCCCAUCAGGCAUGGCGCAGGUGAUUAUACCUCAGAGACAGCUUGUGGACGUGAACAGUCCUCGGGACAUCCCUGAGGAGAAACACAGCGACAGAAGCUUACCCACUGUAGGAGUGGAUGCCCUAGCAGACGAUGCCAGUUACGUCCUUCCUCCACAGGCAACUCUCCCAAUGCCCAAAAAGUCGGGGGCCAGAAUACUUGAAGAACCUUUUUUGGCUCCUCUUCAGCCACUUUCUUCUAAUACACCUAUCUGGGCCUGUCGUCUUAGGAGCUGUGAGAAAAUUGGAGAUUCAUACCGUGGCUACUGUGUAAGUGAGACUGAAUUAGAAAGUGUCCUAACAUUUCACAAGCAGCAAACUCAAAGUGUCUGGGGGACCCGCCAGUCUCCAAGCCCAGCCAAGCCUGCUACACGCUUGAUGUGGAAAUCCCAGUAUGUCCCCUAUGAUGGAAUCCCAUUUGUCAAUGCAGGAAGUAGAGCCGUGGUCAUGGAAUGUCAGUAUGGGCCAAGGAGAAAAGGUUUCCAGUUAAAAAAAAUCAGUGAACAGGAAAGCAGGUCUUGUCAGCUCUACAAAGCUACUUGUCCAGCCCGGAUUUACAUUAAAAAGGUACAGAAGUUUCCUGAGUACCGAGUUCCUACAGACCCUAAAAUUGAUAGAAAAAUAAUCAGAAUGGAGCAGGAAAAAGCCUUUAACAUGCUAAAGAAGAACAUGGUGGAUGCUGGUGGUGUUCUGAGAUGGUAUGUACAGUUACCUACUCAGCAAGCUCAUCAGUAUCAUGAAUUGGAGACUCCCUGCCUCCCUCUGUCCCCUUCCACUUUUCCUGUGUCUUCUCUUGAAGAACAGGAAGCUGCAGUUAGAGAUGAGAACUGCACAUUACCCUCACGUCUGCACCCGCAAGUAGCACAUAAAAUUCAAGAAUUAGUGUCACAGGGAAUAGAACAAGUAUAUGCAGUAAGGAAACAACUAAGAAAAUUUGUGGAGAGGGAGCUGUUCAAACCUGAUGAAAUACCUGAAAGACACAAUUUAUCUUUUUUUCCAACUGUAAAUGAUAUAAAAAAUCACAUCCAUGAAGUACAGAAAUCUUUGGGAAAUGGAGAUAUGGUAUUUAAUUCAGAAAUCAUUCCAGCAACGCUUCAGUGGACCACAGACAGUGGGAAUAUUCUCCGAGAGACCGUGACCGUCACCUUGGCAGAAGGAAAUUCAUCAGGAGAAUCAGUUACUUCAAAAGUGGAGACAAAUCAGACAGGGAGUUCUUUGUCUCCAGAUCCAACCCGCUUGCUUGCCUCACUUUCCUCAUUUCAGCCCAAAUUAUUUACACAACUACAGGGAUUACAGUUACAAUCGAGUGUCACCACUCCUGACACGUCCCCAGCUCUGGUCCCAGAAAAUGACCAUCCAUCCUGCAGUCCCUCCAGACUGCUGGGCUCCAUAGGAAGUGCUGUAAUGAGUCAUAAUUCUCUCCUGCUUGGCCAAAGUCUCAGUCUUCAAACAGAACAAUGCCUAACCCCAGAUGACAGCACUGCCUCUGCCACUGAUAACCUCCCAGAACCAGCUCAAAAUCUACUUGAAGUCCAUCAGCUGGCAGUCGUUGGAGAUGCUGAAGGUACCGGGAAUCUGGAAGGAAGUGUUCAUCAAAUUCUCUUGGGAGACGUACAGACCCUUCCGAUACGUAUUAUGGACAACUUUGAAGAAAAUACAGUCAGUACUGUUUCUGUGAGCCAAGUAAAGCAAGAACCCAAAGAGCAAACAUUGUCUGUGGAAACAGAAAAGCAAAUUGGACUGUAAGAAAUUAGCUGCUAUAUAAUUAUUGAAGCUUUUCAGAAUCUACAACUCUGGUGGCUUCUGAUGUCCUAUAAAAGAAGGUGAAUGUUGUCAAGGCCCAGCACCGUGGUAACUGGACUGAGGACUGGUUUGAUGAGCAGCUUUGAUUUUAAACUGAUGUAUUUAUUGUCAAUUCCAUAUUUUUACCUUCCUUACAAGAUAUUUUACUCUUUUUAUUUUGUACAACUCUCAUGUUUUUUGAUGAUAAGUAAGGUUAGUAGUUCAAAAGAUCAUGUAAUUUGAAUACAGUAUGAACUGGUAUAGCUAACCUAAUUCAUUCCUGGAAAGCAGAAGACAAAGAACAGCAAAACUGAAUGAGUGAAUGAGUGAGUGUAUGUGUGAAUUAUUGUAAGUCCUGAAAGAGCUUACCGUCUCUGUAAAGUAUGAAGGAAAUUUUAAUUGGUAGACAGGUGAAAAUAUUUGUGGUCUGUCUCAUUUAGGAAGAUAAAGCAGUAGCUUUCAUAUCACAACAUUAAGUCCCACAACAAAUGAGGAAACCCCGUAGUUUCAUUUUGGCCUCUUCCCUUCUAAUUUUUAUACUUCCAACUACCAUGGAGAAUUAACAGUCAUCUAAUAGAAAUUUAAGGUGUCUUGGUUAGUAGUGAGAAGUUUAGUGUAAGUUAAUCAGUUAAGCACUAGAAAUCAGUAUGUAUCAUGGAGUUAAACAGUAUUGGAGGUGAAACAGUUUAGGAAUAGGGAAAUUGAGAGAAUUUUGAAAUAAUAACAGAAUUCCCUAAUGUUUACAGAUAAUUUGGGCAACUAUUUGAUUAUAGCAGAGGAUUAUUUUUUGUAUUGAAGAUUUAGCUCCAGUUAGGAAAGAAUUUGAGUUGUAUUUACAUUUUUCUGUUCCAGAAUUCUUACUGAAUUGAUAAUAUUAGGAUUUAUAGUAUUUAAGUAUUUAUAAUUCAAAAUUCAGUUCAUAUUUAAAACUUUAUGUGAUCUAAUAUGAUGUAUUUGCUUGUUAAAUAAGUAUUUCACAUACAAAUAAGCAUAUUCAUUAUAAGCUUUUGUUUUCUGGAAGAUUAGUAAACAAGAAAUAUCAAAUAGAUUUGUCCAGAAACCAACCUAAAGGUUUUUGUUUUCCCCAAGACCAUAUGUGAGUAUGUUUUCAAUUUUACUUAUUAAACAACAUUUCAAAUAGUCCUGGAAAUCAAGAAAGAUUCCAAAUAGCUAUUCGAAGCUUAUGUAAUACAAUGUAAAAUUUAAUCGUAAUACCUAACAUGUAUAUGAGUCACUUUUGUCUUUUUAAAAUCCAGUUUUUCAUUUCUUAAAUUCUCUUUAAUUGUUUUAGGUACAAACAUGUAUCUAAAUAUAAGGCACUGCUAUAUUAGAAAUAGGUGGAUUUCUACCUUGCUCUUUAGUUUAUAUCCUAUUUAUCAUAUAAAUUAUUUAUAUCCUAUUUAAUGUAAAGUGAAUAGUUGUGUUAUUUUUAAUAAGAAUUGCUUUUAUUUUCCUAAGAAGUAGAAAUAUUUGAUGUAAGCAUUUAUAGGGACAAGCUGCUAAAUUUGAUUGUGUUACUCUGAGUUUAACACAAUAUUUAGUUACCUCAAUCUUAGAUUUUACUUAUUCUGAUUUCUCAAAAUGAAUACAUCCAAAUUAAUUUAUAGAAUAGUGUUGCAAUAUAGACAAUAUUCUUUUCAUUUUUUUCCUGCUUUUUAUUGAAACUUUUUUGAAAAUUUAAUAGAUCUUUACCUCUCAAUAAUGUUAAUGGUCUGUUAUUAUGUUUUAUAUAUGUUACCAACUGAACUAUAUUCUUUUGGAAACAUUCCUUUUGUUUGUUUUGUUUUUUGAUGUUGAUUUGCUAAGGAGAAAUGCUUAAUACUUUGAUUUUAGUAGGUUACCUGUGAGAAUGAGGGCUGGCAGAAGAUUCUGACUUUAGUACUCAAUCAAGAACAAAAUAUACUCAGAAGAUAUUUCUCUCACUGCAUUAUAGUGAAUGUCUCUUCUGCUAGCGGUUUUUACUCAUGAGGGUAGACAGUUACAGCACCAUCUUUCCUGCAAGAAAGCAGAAACAAUCACCUAAAGACCAAGAGCAUGAAGGAAAAUUUAAAUUCCUAAUGAGCUAUUCUUGGAGCUAUCAGUGUUCCAUAUUAAGUAUUCAGAUGAGUAGCAUGUUCAAAAUGGUUUCUAAAUGAGUUUUUAAAAAUCCAUUUGUCCUCUAAAUGCGUGUUUAGUCACAACUUGUAAGUACUGUGUUUAAAGGUGCUUGGCAUCACUUUUCCAGAGCUAUGUUUACAUAUUUAAAAUGUUUAAUCAUUUUCUAAGUGCACAGGCUGUGCAAUACGAGUGCAUAAAGUUUUCACUUACUAUGUCUGGCAUUCUCCUAACAGCUCUACAGCAAAAGUUGACCUUUGUUCUUUUGUAUAAUCUAUUACAAGGUGUAGUAUCUCUAGUAAUGAGUUGUGCAUUCAAAAUAAGCGCUUAGAAAUUGGUAAUUACAGCUCAGCUUACUUCCUUAUUGUAGUUUUCCUGUUUCAGAUUUUGCUAGUGAAUUUUACAUAUACCACAGUCACUUAAAAUUAUAGAUAAAUAUAGCCACAGUGGACAUUCCUCUCCAUAGCAGUAUGUGAAUAGUUAAUAUAAUUAAAAGAAAAAGCUUUUGUAUUUCAUGCAAGUUCUCCUAAAAGUCACAAAAGUUAGAGAAAACACAGGGUUGGGGAUCUGGUCCUAUGAGAGUUUCUUAUGUUCAGGUCCACCAACUUGUGUUUUGUCUGCUUUAUACCAUGUCAAAAUAUGUGCUCAAUCAUGUGGAUACAAGAAAUACAUUAUUUAAUUCAGACUAAGUUUAAAAAUUGAUAAAAACAAAAGUAUGUGUGUAUAUAUUAUAACUAUGUAUAGUGUCCUUGUUAUAAUGUAAUUUUUUUCAUUAAAAAUAUCUUGUGGUUUUU